AUGAUCAUGCAUUCACGAGCCUUCCUCCUCUGUCUUCUCGCCCUUUCCGCAUCGGCGACGGACGUAAGUCCCAUUCAGGAUGUCGCGGCCGCGGAUACUCACGACGCUCACGCGACGAACGGCCCGGUCACGACGACAAACCUCCGGCGAUCGAGCCGUGUAAUCAGCGUCCACCGCGGAGGGCCAAACGACACGACCGUCCCGCUGAGGAACGGGGACUGUCAGUUCCAAGCCUGGGACGAGCUGUACAUCACCGACUUCCUGCAAGAACAGUUGGAUGACCUCUCAACCGGCGACCACUGCUGGAUCAUCAAGGGCGUCAAGGGGCUGAGGGAGCUGUUGCAGAGGAACAUCUCCGCGAACCCGUUGAACAACGUCACGAUUCCGACGUGUGUGCCGCUCAACAUCACGAGCUCUGGGAACUCCUUUUCCAUUGACUUUUCGGAGCACACCUAUCAUGUCAACGGCUUGGCUGAGGAUACGUUCGUUCUGCUGACCUACGUGCAUCUUGUGUCUAUGACGGCUGCGUUCUUUCUAGCAUAUCCCAUCAUCCUGGUUCUGGCGUCAACCCCCAACCUAUGCAUCAUGAUCGACCGGCCUCUUGGGGAAGCCUCGAGGGCAAAAUUCGAACGAUGGCAAACGAUAUUUCAGACCGUUGUGUUUGCGCCCUUCAUGGUUGUGGGGUUGGUUACCGGGAUCGUCGCGAUGGGGACGUCCGAACACGCCAGGACGCAGCACGGGAUUAUUGGAUACAUCACCAUAGCUCUUGCAGCCGUCGCCAUCCCACUCUACCUGUACCAGCGACGCUUGAGUUCGCGACCAGAACUGGCGUUCUACAUGUACCGAAGACUCAAGAUGAUCAACGGUCUCGACUUCAUGAUUUGCCAAGCGAUACUGUUGAUAUCGGGCUUCGCUCUUCCGGACGGUAUCGACGAUUUCGGCAUCAUGACUCUUUGCGGCACUAACACGCUGUCAUCGUCCUUGAUAUUCUCCUUGGGCAUGAUUGUAUCAUUUGUCUGGAACUGCGCUAUGGCCACGAUGACGGUACAAUGGCUGCUUGGGCAAAGAAUCAAAGGGGGAAACUUCAGAGAUCGGGCACCGCCAUGGAUGUUGAGGGUUCUUCGAAAGCAAUCGAGGUAG